AUGUUCGAAACCAUGGAAGCAGUCGAUCUUGUCGUUGUCGGUGCCGGCUGGAGUGGUCUCGCGGCUAUCAAAACCUAUCGCGACGUCAACCCCUCCAGCAAUGUCGUCCUCCUCGAGUCCGCGUCGUCCGUCGGUGGCGUCUGGGCCAAGCACCGGCUGUACAAAGGCCUCAAAUCCAACAACAUGCUAGGUACUUACGAAUUCAGCGACUUCCCCAUGACUGAACAAGCCUUUGGCGUAAAACCCGGCGAACACAUCCCCGGUCAUGUCAUCCAAAAGUACAUGGAGAAAUAUGCCGAGCACUUUGGCUUCACCGAUCGCAUUCGUCUCGAGACAUACGUGCGCAGCGCCGAGCACCGUCCGGAUGGGACAUGGCUGUUGACCACAACGUCGCAGAAAGAUAACAACGCAGAACAGACAAUAGUGGCCAGGAAGUUGAUUGUGGCAACGGGUAUCACGUCGCAAGCAUAUCUGCCCAGCUUCCAGGGGCAAGAGGACUUUGGAGCACCCCUCUUUCACUGUCGCGACCUGCUCGAGCAUGAGUCGGAAGUGCUGCACUCUGGAAAGAAGGCGGCGGUGUUCGGAGGCACCAAGUCCGCCUGGGAUGCUGUGUAUGCCUGCGCGACCUCGGGGAUGCAGGUCGACUGGGUGAUCCGCGAAUCCGGCCAUGGACCUAUCUGGAUGGCGCCGCCAUACGUGACGCCGCUGAAGAAGUGGCUUGAGAAGCUGGUAACCACGCGAUUUUUGACCUGGUUCAGCCCGUGCAUCUGGGGCGACGCGGAUGGCUUCAAUGGUGUGCGGUCAUUCCUGCACGGUACCUGGGUAGGGCGCAAGAUGGUUGACUCGUUCUGGUCUACGUUGGCGAACGAUGUCGUGCAGCUCAACGGCUACGAUGAGCAUCCAGAAGUGAAGAAGCUGAAGCCGUGGAUCAGUCCGUUCUGGAUCGCUUCGUCACUGAGUAUCCUCAACUACCCGACCAACUUCUUUGAUCUGGUGCGCGAUGGCAAGGUGCGCAUUCACGUCGCCGACAUUGAUCAUUUGUCGCGCAACUCGGUACAUCUGGCCAACGGCACUGUGCUGGACGACAUCAGUGUGCUUAUCUGCUCAACGGGCUGGAAGGCAACACCCAACAUGCAAUUCCUGCCGGAAGGCAUCGACCGGGACCUGGGUUUCCCAUGGAGCCAGGACUCGAUGGACGAGGCACUUGUGCGCAGAGCCGACGAGGAGAUUCUGAAGCAGUUCCCUAAGCUGCGGGACCAGCCAACACCCAACCCGCAGUAUCGUCCACUGUCGGACGAUGCGCCGGCGACAGCAACCCAUCCAUUCCGCCUGACGCGCUUCAUCGUGCCUCCGUCGUUGAUGCAUGAGCGCUCCGUCGCCUUCAUGGGUGUGACCAUGACCAUCAACACAACUAUGAUCGCGCAAACUCAGGCACUCUGGAUCGCCGCCUACUUUGGCGGCAAACUCGACGUGACUCCAGGCGUUUCGUGUCCACCGGAUGUGCGCGAACUGCUGGCCUCAGCCAAGGCCUCCGAGUCCAAGGUGCCAAUCGCCAAAGAGAACGUCCCGGACCAGGACGAAGAGCGGGAUCCCAAUCUCGAUCUCAUCUGGGAGACUGCUCUACACAGCGAAUUCGGCAAAUACCGCUACCCCGGCGGUUUCGGACGCCGCAAUCCGGACUUUGUCUUCGACGCACUGCCGUACGUAGACAUGCUCCUCCGGGAUCUGGGCCUGGAGACGAACCGUAAGGGAGGCGCUUUGGCCCAGUGUUUUGCUCCGUAUGGUGUGGAGGAUUACCGAGGCUUGGUAAACGAAUGGAAGAGAAAGCAUGAUACCCCAUCCGUGUAG